AUUUUCUUUCUUUUUUCCCCAGCUUUAAAAUUGAUUGUUGAAUUUUUUUCCAAAGACAGCUCUUUGGUCUUUAUGUUGGUUUAUCCUUUUUAACAAAAAUGCAGUCUUCACAGGCAAAACCUAGGCCUCAAACAAAGAGAAAAUAACCUCUUCAUCAGGAGUCGCACUGAACCAGAGCAGACCAGUAGAGCGAGAGCCAGUUCAUUCAGACACUUCAGUCGCUCUAGCUGAAACUCAGUAUGGUGAAAACGAGCAGGAGGCCUGUCACAUACGCCAAAAUGAAGGGGAUAAUCUCAUACUUUGCUGCUUUGAUCAGAGAGAGAAAAAACAGUUCAACUGACCUGCUACAGAAACUUGGGACCCAAGUUCCAGUGUAUCAACAGAGUAUGGAUUUAAAGUGUUUUCUGAGACCAGAAGCCAGUUUGUCUGAUGAAUCUGCAGCAGCUGCACAGUGCUUCACCAGUAAAGCAAAGGAGCUGCGACAGUCUCAGGUUUCGGCAGCAGAUUUUGAGUACUUGAAAGUGAUUGGAACAGGCAGUUUUGGCAAGGUUCUUUUAGCAAAAUAUAAGGAGAACAAUAGAUACUAUGCAGUCAAAGUUUUGCAAAAGGACAUUAUCCUGAAGAAAGAAGCAGAAGGAAGCAUCUUAUGUGAGCGUAACGUGCUAGUGAAAACUGUGAAUCAUCCUUUCUUGGUGAGACUUCACUUCAGCUUUCAGACCAAAGAGAGGCUCUGUCUUGUAUUGGACUAUGCAAGUGGUGGAGAGCUCUUUUACCACCUCCAAAAAGAACGUGUGUUCAGGGAGCCCAGAGCCAGAUUCUAUGCUGCAGAAAUAGCCAGUGCACUUGGACACUUACAUUCACUGCACAUUAUCUACAGGGACCUGAAGCCAGAGAACAUCUUGCUCGACUCUGAAGGCCACGUGGUCCUAACAGACUUUGGCUUGUGUAAAGAGGGCAUAGUGGGACGUGCGACCACCAAAACCUUUUGUGGAACUCCUGAAUACCUGCCACCUGAGGUUCUCCAGCAGCAUGAGUAUGACCGUACCGUGGACUGGUGGGGGCUUGGAGCUGUUCUGCAUGAAAUGCUUUAUGGUCUGCCACCCUUCUACAAUGCAGACCGCAUAAAGAUGUUAGGCAAUAUCAUUUAUCAGCCAUUGGUCCUUAAGCCUGGAGUAUCCAAGGCUGGAAGAGAUUUUCUCAAAAGGCUGCUAAACAAAGACAGAUCUAAGAGACUUGGAGCUAAACGUGACAUGGAUGAGCUGAAGCAGCACUCAUUCUUUUCCUCUAUCCAUUGGGAUGAUCUUGUGACAAAGAAAAUCCCACCUCCUUUCGUUCCCUCACUGUCUGGCCCUGAUGACCUGACAAACAUUAACCCUGCAUUCACAAGACUUCCUGUCCCAGAGUCUCUGGGUGUGUGUGAGGAGACUGAAGUAAUCUUCCCUGGCUUCAGCUACUCGAGUGAAAACAUCUCAUCGGUAACAAUGUAGAUGAGAUGAUGAUCAACAAUGUGAAAUCAAACCUGCCUCCUGGAAAACUGACCAUGAUUAUACCUCUGAGUGGAUACUGAUGUUUACCUAAAAGUUUAUGUUAAAAGUAUUUUCUUAUUAUUUUUACUUAUUUGUUAUGCCAUAUGGACCACUGUAUUUCUGCUGCACUGCUGUCAAUCUCUUUUUAAUACUGAAAUCAGUGAAUCAACUAUGUUCAUUUUCUUUAUUUAAUUUCUUUUAUAUUUGUAUGGUUUAUUUGGCAUUUACUUUUGGAAGAUUGUGUCACAUUAUAUAUUUUACACUAGAACUAUAUUUACAUACUUGUAUAUAAAUUCUGCAAUGAUUUGUUUCUUCAUUUAAUUAAUUAAUUGAGUUAUUUAUUUAUUUAUUUUUAAUAUCCUAAUAUUGUGCAUUAGUCAAAUGUAAAACAAUUUCCUAAAUGAUGUUUUCAACAACAACAAAAAUAUGUGUUAUCAGUUGGUAUUAAAGUUUCUGCUAACUGACUUUGUUUAGCCAUAACAUUAAAACCACUGAUGGAUGAAUUGAAUAACAUUGAUUAUUUCAUUACAAUGGCACCAUUAAAGUGGUGAAAUCUAUUAGGCAGCAAAUGAAUUGUUCUUUGACAUUUAUGUGUUGAAAGCAGGAAAAAUUAGCAAGUGUCAGGAUC